AUGGCCGUCCAGAACCCCCCGGUGCCAGAGGAGAAGCUCGGAGUCCCCUCUCGCAACCCUCUACCUCUGUCCGCAUCACAAGAAGCACAAGUCCGAGACAUCUUCUAUCAAAAAGUCCGAAAAGAAUGCGCCGACGAGAUCAAAGGCACGUCCCCCUCCACCACCAACUUCACCCCCCCAAACUGCAACUUCAACAUCACACCACUAACACCCCCCCAGCAUUCGCCGCAUGCGCCCUCGGCCGCACAUUCACCGUCUCCUUCGCCUGCCGCCCCGAACACCGCUCCAUGA